CACCCGUCGUCGCAAGUGCGACAGCCAUGGCGUCCAUGUUCAAGAGGAUGCGUGAGAGCGUGAUGCCGACACUCAAAGAGACCCGUUUCCAGGAGAAGGGCGUGCUUACUCCGGAGGAGUUUGUGGCGGCAGGCGAUAUGCUGGUGUACAAGUGUCCGACAUGGUCAUGGGAGUCUGGAAGCACAGUGCGGGCGUUUCUGCCCGAGGACAAGCAGUUUCUCAUCACACGCAACGUCCCGUGCCGUGAGCGUGUGGCGGCCAUCGAGUACUUUGAUGACAACGACGAGCUUGUGGCGAUGGACGACGGCGACGACGAGGGCGACGGAUGGGUGGCGACCCACAUGGAUAUGGGCGCCGGCGGUGAGCAGCUGGCGGCCAUUGCGGACGCCAUGCAGCCGGUCUCUGUUCCUGCGGUGGCGUCAAUGGAGUGCUCGGGCUCGGACUCGGACUCGGACAUCCCGGACAUGGACGACUUUGACGACGACGACAAUGUUCUGGAGGACGACGAUGAUGCCACGGCGGUGUUUGGCGGCGCUGGGCCGUCGAGCGGCAUGGAGGAAGCCAACAUCCUCAUGACCCGCACGUACGACGUCUCGAUCACCUACGACAAGUACUACCAGACCCCCCGCGUCUGGCUCUUUGGCUAUGAUGAGACUGGCCAGCCGCUAAGCCAGGAGCAGAUCUUCGAGGACAUCUCGCAGGACCACGCCAAGAAGACCGUCACCUUUGAGCCGCACCCGCACUCGGGCAUCCCGCACGCCUCCAUCCACCCGUGCAAGCACUCGAACGUCAUGAAGAAGAUCAUCGACAACCUCGGCCUCUCUGGCCAGACUCUCCGCGCCGACCAGUACAUGUUCCUCUUUGUCAAGUUCAUCUCAACCAUCAUCCCGACCAUCGACUACGACCACACCUUUGACAUGGAAGGCUGAGCCUCUUCCAUCCCCUCCCCCGCCUUGUGCUCGGGACAAGGCUUCCUCGACACCGUAAAAGCUUGAUCUGAUA